UAAAAAAGAGGGGUCCACCCAUUUUUGCAAUGUGAUCACAAUAUAGUCUGCUCCUGCAUCUGCAUGUGUCUGCUUUAGGCCCUUCAACAAUAUUCUUUCUAUGUGUAAUUCUUGAACCAGACACACACUACCGUUUUUGGUGUAAGCAACGCCGUUGGGGUAAAAAAUGGCUGGUGGUUCAGAGUUCCCGUUGCUUUUUUUGUCAAUCGUGUUCUUGUUAUUUGUGGUUCAAAGUUCACAAACACAGCUAAGAAGUGAAAAUGGGUUGAAAACUGAUGUGUUUGUAUCACCUAAAAUUGUGUUGAAACCAGGAUUGGUUUCUGACAAGUAUUACUAUAACAUCGACUUUCCUAGAGGUCAUAUUGCGAUCAAGAGUUUUAAUGGCGAAGUAAUUGAUGAGGAAGGGAAUCCAGUCCCCCUUCAUGAAACUUAUCUGCACCAUUGGGUUGUUAUAAGAUACUAUCAACAAAAAGGUACAGAUAUUCCUAAGCACCAUGAUAAUCUAGGAUUCCUCCACUCCGAUCACAUUAUCAUAAGGAACAGUGGGGUUUGUGAUAGUGGACUUUCACAGUACUUUGGGCUGGGAUCAGAGACUCGAAAAACAGCCACUUAUGUGCCGAAUCCUUAUGGAAUUGAAGUCGGUAAUCCUGCAGAUAUCCCUGAUGGAUACGAGGAGCGAUGGAUGCUUAAUGUGCAUGCAAUUGAUACUAGGGGUGCUGAAGACAAGUUGGGUUGCACUGAGUGCAGAUGUGACUUAUACAAUCUUACUAUGGAUGGACAUGGCCGUCCCUUGCCUCAAAACUAUAAUGGUGGCUUGAGAUGUUGUCAUGAUGGUGCAAGAUGCAGGGUGAAGGAAGGCAUUGAUGGUGUUAAGAGAAGCCUUGUCUUGAGGUACAAAGUAACGUAUGUCGAUUGGGAUGCUUCAAUCGUGCCUGUUAAAAUCUAUAUACUUGACGUCACUGACAUAUGGACAAAGGCGGAUGAGUCCAGGGGGCUCAAAGCCAGACAUAUUUGCGUGGUCGAGUAUGACGUUGAAUCUUGUCCAGUUGGCAUGGCCAAUGAUGGAUGCAUUCAUACCAAAACCUUAACUGUUAGUUUGCCAACGGGUGGCGACGUAAUAUAUGGGGUUGGACAUCAGCAUGCAGGAGGCAUUGGUUCAACUCUUUAUGGGGAGGGAGGGCGAGCAAUAUGCACGUCGAAUCCAACUUAUGGUAUGGGAGAUGAACCUGGAAAUGAGGCCGGCUACAUUGUGGGAAUGUCUACUUGUUACCCUUCACCUGGCUCUGUCAAGAUUGCUGCCGGAGAGACACUGACGCUCGUAUCUAACUACAGCAGUACACAGAAUCAUACAGGAGUCAUGGGGCUCUUUUACCUCCUGAUUUCAGAUUCAUCAGCUAAACCAGACGCAGUCCUGCACGCCUGAAGUAAGAUAGACUACAUGAUCAUUUCUAAAUCUCAUUUUCCUUGUGUAUAUGACAAAGUCAUCAUAUGGACACAUGCAAGACCUUUGAACUAGAAGUAUAAUUAGAAGGCAUGCAAACAAACAGCACUCUAACCUCUCUAUAGGCGUAGACAGAGAGACGAGGCACAGCAUAACACUUGAAGAAUUACUUUUCCUCUUUCUCAAUUCUUAUUAAUGUGUCCGUGAUUAUUUAUAACACACUGCUAGCCUUGUAGGAUCAAGUGAUCACAUUAGGACUAACAUGCAACCUGUUGCUUAUCCCAUGCAGGCACAUAAGAGUAGGAUGAUCUCUGAUUUUGGUUUGGUAGUUACUCUGUUUGGAGUCGGGCUCAUUGUACUAGCCAUCUUUAUGUUCUACACUAAGAGCAGAAGAGGAGAUGGCUAUGAAGUUAUAAUAGGAUGAGCCCCGUGCUUUCAUACUUGGCAGUUAUUUUAAGAUAAGCUCAUGUAUUCGGUUUGUGUUUCUAUGUUUCGUCUCUCGUUAUUUUGUGUCGAAAGUCUACGAGUUGUACAAUAUACUUAAUCAUGAUGAGUACAAUGUGCAAGUGAAAAAAUACUCAAAAACUCCAUAAUGGUGAAUAAUUGAGUGAAUAUGCAAUUAGAUUUUCAAUGUGUGUAUAAUAUCAUGAACAAUACAGUUUGUAUAUCAUAAAUGGCUAGUUUUUGAUUCAAGAAACAGCUCA